UCCAGCAUGGCCAGCAGCCGGGGGCCACCCACACCCUGGGCCGGGGCCGGGGCUGGGGAUGGGCGCCCGGCCUGGGGCAGCAGGCUGCAAUACCUGCUCAGCUGUGUGGGCUUCGCCGUGGGGCUGGGUAACAUCUGGCGCUUCCCUUACCUGUGCCAGGCCUACGGGGGAGGUGCCUUCCUCCUGCCGUACGCAGUGGCGCUGGCCCUGGAGGGCAUCCCGCUCUUCCACAUGGAGCUGGCCAUUGGGCAGCGUCUGCGCAGGGGCAGCGUGGGCGUCUGGACGGCCAUCUCCCCCUACCUGGGAGGCGUGGGGCUGGGCUGCUUCUCGGUGUCUGUGCUGGUCAGCCUGUACUACAACAUGGUGCUGGCCUGGGUGCUGUGGUACCUGCUCAACUCCUUCCAGCACCCGCUGCCCUGGAGCUCCUGCCCUGCCAGCCACAACCGCACAGGCCUGCUGGCAGAGUGUGUGGGCAGUGGCCCCGUGAGCUUCUUCUGGUUCCGACGGACACUCAACAUCUCCUCGGACAUGGGGGCCAGCGGGGCUGUGCAGUGGCCACUGCUGGGCUGCCUGGCGGCCAGCUGGGGGGUGGUGUACCUGUGCGUCAGCCGGGGCAUCGAGUCCACUGGCAAGGCCAUCUACUUCACGGCCCUGUUCCCUUACCUGGUGCUGACCGUCUUCCUGGUGCGGGGACUCACACUGCCUGGGGCGGCCGACGGCCUGGCCUACCUCUUCACCCCUGACGUACGGGUCCUGGGCAGCCCCCGUGUGUGGCUGGACGCGGCCACUCAGAUCUUCUUCUCGCUGUCCCUGGCCUUGGGGGGCCACAUCGCCUAUGCCAGCUACAACCCUCCCAGAAACGACUGUGAGAAGGAUGCAGUGACCAUCGCCCUGGUCAACAGCCUCACGUCCUUGUAUGCUGCCGUGGCCGUGUUCUCUGUGCUGGGCUUCAAGGCGACCACAGACCAGGAGAACUGCCUGGACAGAAACAUCAUCCUCAUGGUGAACGCUUUUGAGCUCCCGGACCAGAGUAUCCCCCGGGAGGACUAUGCCUUGGUCCUCAAUCACCUCAACGUCACGUGGCCCGAACGGGUGGCCCAGCUGCCCCUGGAGACCUGCCUCCUGCGGGACUUUCUGCACAAGGGUGCGUCGGGCACAGGGCUGGCCUUUAUCGCCUUCGCGGAGGCCCUGCUGCACAUGCCCGGGGCCCCCGGCUGGGCCGUCCUCUUCUUCGGGAUGCUCUUCUCCCUGGGCCUCACGUCCAUGUUUGGGAACAUGGAGAGCGUCAUCACGCCGCUGCUGGACAUGGGGGUGCUGCCCCGCAGGGUCCCCAAGGAGGCCCUGACGGGCCUGGCCUGCCUGACCUGCUUCCUGCUGGCCUCCUGCUUCACGCUGCAGUCGGGCAGCUACUGGCUCGAGCUGUUUGACCGCUACGCCGCCUCCAUCAACCUCCUGGUCUUCGCGCUGCUUGAGGUGCUGGGCGUGGCCUACGUGUACGGCCUGGACCGGUUCUGCGAGGACGUGGCCUGGAUGACGGGCAGACGGCCCGGCCUGUACUGGCGGCUGAGCUGGCGGCUGGUCAGCCCUCUGCUGCUGCUGCUGGUGCUGGGAGCCUCUGUGCUGCUGCUGGUGUGCUCCCCACCCGGCUACCAUGCCUGGGACCCCCAGUAUGAGCGGUUCCCUGAGCGGCGGGAGAGGCUGUACCCCGGCUGGGUGCAGGCCGUCUGCGUGUUGUUGUCCUUCCUGCCUGCCCUGUGGGUGCCCGCCGUGGCCCUGGCCCAGCUGCUGCGGCGCCGGACAGGGGGCUGACGCUGCAGAGGGGGAACCCCUACCGAGCCGGGGCCCCCUCCAUCCACCGCACCCC